AUGUUUCCCGGGGGCCCAAACCCAAUACAGGUGCAAUUCCUGCCGCCGUACAAGCAGGCGAACCCGCCGCCCACCCCCAUCGUCUUGAUCCACGACGGCGGAGGCACCAUCUUCAGCUACUUCAUCCUCGGCGGCCUCAACCGCGAUGUCUGGGCCGUCUUCAACCCCAAGUUCUUCGACGGCGAGCCGUGGGAGGGCGGCAUGGACGAGAUGGCGCGCCACUACAUCGACCUGAUUGUCGAGGCCGGCAUCAGCGGCACCAUUUAUCUUGGAGGCUGGUCUCUCGGAGGCUUUCUGUCGCUCACAAUGGCGCGCAUGCUCGCCGACGAUCCGUCUACGGACCUGUCCAUCGCCGGCUUCCUCAUCAUCGACUCCCCGUACCACCUCGCGCGCGCCAAGAUCCCGACGCAGACGACCAAGUCGAAGAUCGACGGCAUCCCCCCUCUGGUCCAGAAAGCGUUCGACAACUGCGACGCCAUGCUGCAGCAUUGGGACCUCCCGUCGUGGGACGCUCCAUCCGACACGGACGCGGAGACCGAGCUGAGGGUCGCGGGCCGAAGUUUCACGCUCCAGCGGGGAAGCGUCCUGUACAAGGCAGUGGACGAGGACUGGAAACCCUUGAGCGUGCGGCGGCUCGAGCACUACGAAAAGGCAGCAGAGGACAAGCCGGUCGCCGCGCCGCCCCCCGGCGUCAUGAUUCGAUGCACGCGCCACACGCAAAAGGCGGACGAGGCCCAGCCGGGGACGCCCCUCAUCGACGUGUUCCGCGAUGAGAAGCUGCUGGGCUGGGAAGGAAACCAUGCCGACUUCAUCAAGGCCGUCAUUGACGUCGAUGCCGACCACUAUGGAGUGUUUGACAAGGAUGAUCAGCCCAAGAUGGAUAAUCUGACUUUUCAAGUCAACUCUGGGCUUGAGAUUCUGGACAGUCUCGCUAAGCGGUCAAAGAAAUGA